AUGGCCACAACGAUCACCAUUGGACUUGAAGCGAACAAAAAAACUCCGACGCAGAAUCGAAGAAGCCGCGCGGUGGCGAUGGAAAAUGGAGACCAGUGGGUAGGGGAGAAAAAAAGCAAAAAUUACUUUGCCUACAUGUAUAAAAGACAAUCAAGUAAAUACGACGCGUCUUGUACCAACAUUCUUCUCCAUUUCACCCGCAUUUUUGUGUCCACUCUUCAUUUACCUUCAAGUACACGGGCCAUUUCAUGUUUAAUGCAUUCACGCUGUUGGGUCGUCCUACGGCUAUUCGCACCUCCACCCCUGAGGUGUACGGUAGUCGUGGGGCGUGGGUAUAGAUACGGCUCCAUUACAUUGAUAGGUUGUCAUUGUGGUGAGGUUGUGUAGGUGCCAAGACCAUAGCUCAUUGAUAUAUUAUUGUAUCAUUCAAUCCAAUUUCAUAUAAACGUUACGGAGUAACAUAGCGGCCGGUAGCUUUAUAUUAUCUUUUUGCCAAAUAUCGCGUAAUUUUUUGUUGUAAUUCAUAUCCUACCUAUCAUCAUAUAUUUCAAAUUACUUUUUAUCUCUUGAUCUUCAUUCUCAAUAUUCUGUGCUGAAUCGUCAUCACACUGUUGUCAAUGAUCUUCUUCUCUCUUAUCUUCAUUGAUUUAAAAUUUACAUACUGUAUUGACAUUUAAAUACUUCAAUCGUAUAACAUCUCAUAGCCGUUUUAAUUACGGGCUUGUUUCACAACCGUUAUUACACAAUCCUCAAUUUCAGGGACACAAAAAUGUGGCACAAAGUGGUCGCGCUUCUGUUAGCCAUCAGCUCCUUGAUUUCAGCAUCUCCAGCUGUUGUAAUGGACGAAGGCAAACAAUUGGUUCGUCGUCAGGUGUUUGGAGGUGAGUGUUUGCUGUGUUUGUUGGUGACGGUGACGUUAACCUAAUCUUCAAAAUUGUUAAAGUGCUUACCAUAAAAAGAUGUAUGUGAAGAUGUACGAUGGUAUACCUACAAAAAACGCGGAAUAUCAACAUUAAAUUUUUAAAAUAUCUUUUGACUUACCUAAGUUGAGUUUUCGUACCUAUUUAACCUAAAAAAUACAAUAAAUAUUUGUUCGUAUUUUACAAAAUCAUAAUUAAAACUUAAAAAAAUAAAAACCCUGAUUACCCUCGAUAGCUCCUCUCUACUCCCCGUGUGGUCCAAGUGUUGGAUGUGCGGCGCCUGGUUUUUGCCAAUCAUCAAUGUGUAUGCCUGUAGCAGCUGCUCCACUACCACCACCAGCUUAUGCUCCACCCAUGCCCGCUCCGAUUCCUGUCGCUGCUCCAGCCUACGCUCCACCACCACCGCCACCAGCUUGUGCUCCAGCCUGUGCCGCUCCAGCUGCGUAAGUUUUUUUUUAAAUAUUAGGUAUAAAAAGACAAAAAAAAUAAUUUUAAAACUUCAAAAAGCUUGUCUAAAAUAAAAUUUAAAACAAAAAUUGACAUGCAACGCGUUUUAUUUUAAAACCUUUAUGUUACCUAAAAUUAAAAAAAAAAUAUUUUAGCUGCCUCGGAGGUGCCUGCGCCUGCCCAGGAGCCGCCGUCUACUCGCCAGCCAUCGGAUGCGCCCCAGCCUACGCUCCGCCCCCACCACCGCUCCCAGCUCCAGCUAUCCCAGUCCCAGCCCUCGCUCCUCCACCACCACCAGCCCCAGCCGGCCGCUUGAUCCCACAAGCCCUACCCGGAGCCCCAUGUGAGCCAGGAGUCGAGUGCACCGGUGGAUCCGUCUGCUCAAUGGGAAUCUGUUUGUGUCCCCCAGAGUUGGUGCAAGAAGGUACCGUCUGCGUAGCCAGAACAUUGUACGGUCCAGUCGCCCCAGCUCCACCACCACCACCCCCAGCUGCUUACCCUGUACCAGUACGGCCGGCAUUCGUUGAUCCUUGCGGCGGGAUUCAUAAACGAUCGGCCGAAGGUGUUGACUGCCAUAACUGA